CGCCCCGCGGUCUUUCUGUGGCGGCGCGGGCGGGAGGAUGGAGCCGGCGCCGCUGGAGCGGUUCCCCAGCCCGGGCAAGGGCAGCGGCCUCCGCUCCCGCCGGCGGGUGCGGCCCGGCGAGCUGCUCUACCGCGCCGAGCCCUUCGCCUACGUCGUCACCAAAGAGCAGCUGGGCCGCCUGUGCGAGCGCUGCCUGCGGAGGAAUGAACAUCUGCACAGAUGCUCUCAGUGCAAGGUUGCUAAAUACUGUGGUAAAUCUUGUCAGAAAGAAGCUUGGCUGGACCACAAGCAGGAGUGCAGGUGUCUUAAGAGCAUUGAGCCUAAUUUUCCUCCAGACUCUGUCAGACUUGCUGGCAGGAUUGUUUUUAAACUACUUAGACAAUCGACAUGCCUUUCUGAGAGACUCUACUCUUUUUCCGAUCUUCAGUCAAAUAUUGAACAAUUAAGUGAAGAAAUGAAAGAUGGCCUCAGGCACCUUACACAGACGUUGCAACUGUAUUUGAAAACGGAGAUCCAGGAUGCUUCUCACUUGCCACCUGCAAUCGACUUUUUUCAGAUCUUCACAAAAGUAAGUUUGGCACCUGUUAGUCAACAAUUUAUGGUCAUGUUUUUUAUCCUGGAGCGUUUUAAAUUUGAAUGCAUAUUGUUCUCUUCAAAUGAUCACAAAACUCAAUCGUCCUUACUCACAGAGGCCUUUUCUUUUCAUCCUUACCAUACCUUGACAACACCUGUGACCUGUAACUGUUUCACCAUCAGUAAUGGAGAGAUGCAGGAUGUUGGUGUUGGCUUGUAUCCCAGCAUGUCUUUACUGAACCACAGCUGUGACCCAAACUGUGUGAUCGUUUUUGAAGGAUACCAGCUUUUACUUCGCUCUGUCCGAGAAAUCCAGAUUGGUGAAGAGCUCACCAUCAGCUACAUUGAAUCACUGAUGCCCACCAGUGAACGCCAAAAACAACUGAUGCGCCAGUAUUGCUUUGAAUGUGACUGUCUUCUGUGCAAGAAUCAAGAAAAGGAUGCUGAGAAAUUGGCUGGUGAAGAGCAUGCCUGGAAAGAAGUCAGAGAUGCUGUAAAUAAAGUGAGAUAUCCAAAAUCAAAAGAAGAAUGGGAGCAGGUUCUGGCAAGAUGCCAGAAUCUCUUGAGCAGCAAUAUGGGUCGUCUUCCAGACACAAAUAUCUAUCAGCUGAAAAUGCUUGACUGUGCCAUGGAUGCCUGUAUUAACCUUGAAUCCUGGGAAGAAGCUUUGUAUUAUGGCAGCAGGACUCUGGGACCAUACAGACUGUAUUAUCCUGGUUUCCAUCCACUGAGGGCUGUCCAGCUGAUGCGAGUGGGCAAACUGCAGUACAGUCAAGAUAUGUUUCCUCAAGCGCUGGAGACCUUGAAACAGGCCUAUAAUAUUAUGAAGGUGACCCAUGGGACAGACCACAGCCUGGUGCAAGCCUUGAUGGAGAUAAAGGAAGAGUGUGAGGCCAUCAUGAGAACACAGUGAAGAAAACCUCCAGUCUGGAAAACAAAAUAUUCAGGGAGAAAGGAAAUAAAAUGUUUUAUAUCGCAUUGGGAAGCUUCUUGAUAAUUUUGGUGUCUUUUCAUUAGGUCUGACUUGCUUUACAAAAAUGUUUAGCAUUUAUUAGUUUUGCGGUAUGGUCUGAAUUGAGCUGGUGUUUGGAGGAAUAUCCACAAUUUUCAGAGGAUCUUUUUUCCUACCAGACAAUCUAAUUGACAGGACCUAAUUAUCAAUUUACAUCACCUAAUUUAAUUGAUAAUAAGUAUUGGGAAAUGCAUAGAGUCUUCAUCAGUUACAAAGUGAUAGAAUUCCACUUGUAUCCAGUCAUUUUUUUUAUACUAGUUUAUAGCAGCAAUUAAGGAUCUCGUGUCAGACAUAUUAUAAGUAGAGAGAAUACAUUUUUUUCCCUUUGCCUUGCCCUUAAGUGUGGUUUCCAAAAGCCUGAUUUAGUGCUCUUUGACAUCAAAUAAGUUUACCAAUGUUCUAAAUGAGAUUUUCUUCCCUCCCAAUAUAUCUGCAGGGCUCUGUUCCUCUUCUUCUUGCAUUUCAUAUGUCAUAAUAUUGAAUAUUAAAAUGGAUUGAAUAAAAAAUUUAAUCAAAAGUGUA